CAGCAAUAAUGUCAAAAUAAAUUUAUAAUGGGGAGUGGAGGUAUUAUCAACAAACAAUUUUCAAUUUUAUGCGUAACACCGCCUAAUUAAAUUAAAGGCAUAUACUUCAAGUAAUAGGUAUAAUAAUCGCCUAAUAUCUGAAAGGGUCUGGAUAACUUGAGUUAAUUUCUGUGAAUUAUGGGAAGGACCAAACGUAAACGGUGUGUAGUGAAACCGCGAAAUUUUUACCUGAGUGAUGAUAAUGAAGAUUCCGUUUUAUUGAAUACAUGGCUUGCAAAAAAUGGCCUGCGACGUAAUAAAAAGCUAGCAUUAGCGGUGUUCGAUGAUACUGGUCGCGGAGUUAUUACAAAAAAGAAGAUAAAAUGUGGCGAAGAACUUAUUACUCUCCCGUUAAAUUUAACAAUAAAUGUUAGCACGCUGUUGAUGGACAAAGCAUUCUGUAGCAUAUUUUUAGAUAACAGCGUAGAUUGUUUGCGGGAAUACAAGCAAGGAGUGUCGUUUCAGUCAUUAAUGUCUUUUUAUUUGGCAUUUUUAAGAGUUCUAUCUGUAAAUUCAAAAUGGCAUGUUUACCUGGAAAGUUUGCCUAAAGAUUAUACAGUGCCAUAUUUUUUGCCAUAUGAAACUCAAUGUAACAUAGACACUGACAUUCUCUCUAUAAUUAUAAAACAAAAAGAUACCAUAGAAUCAUCAUACAAAAUUUUUAGAGAUAUUUUAAAAACAUCAAGCAAAGAAAGCAGUGUUCAUAUUUUAAAAUCAUUUACAUUGCCAUUGUACGAAUGGGCCUAUUUUACUGUCAAUACUAGAUGUGUGUAUAUGGAUUUAUCAAAAGUAAUAGAUUUAAAAAACAUAGAAAAUACAAUAUUAAAUUUAAUUUGUGAUAAUACUAAAAUAUCUUUAUGUCCAUAUUUAGAUAUGAUAAACCACAGCCCAGAUGCAAGAAAUGAGACUAAAUUACUAGUUAGUAGAGAUAUAGAGAACCUAAAUAUUAAAGACUUGAACGAAGAUCUAUUUUUAGACAUAUCAUUUUCUAUAUACACAAAAAACAAUUUUGAUCCAUAUUCUCAAGUGUUUAUCUGCUAUGGUGAUAGUCAUAACUUAAAACUGAUCACUGAAUAUGGUUUUUACCUACCAGAUAAUGAGUUAGACUGUGUUUCAUUUAAUUUUGAUAAUAUUAAAUCGUAUUUUACAACUAAUUCCAUAAAACUGUCCCAAGAACAGGCCAAUUUCAUAUCAAACCAUAGUCUAAACAAAGAUUUGUAUAUAGAUAAUAAGGGUCUUAGUUUUAACCUAUAUGGUCUAUUGAUGGUUGUAAAGUAUUAUUAUAGAAAAGAUAUGGAUGUUAGUAGACUAAUAUACUCUGCAGCAAUAUGUUCAAACGAUAGAAACCUCAAUGAAUUGAUAAUGCCUCUGGUUAUGAAUAAACUGAAGGAAAUUAGCGAUUCAAUAAAUAUAUUAAGAAGUACUGAAAAUAGAUGUGUUAUUUUAGAUAAUUGUAUAGCUCUUAUGUGUCAGUAUGUUUGUAUAUUGGAGAAAUUUAUUAAAUGUUAAAUGUGUCAGC